AUGAAGUUAUCCAGCAAGACAGUUGCUCUCCUCAGUUUAGUUGGAGCUGUCAGCAGUCUUCCAACAGUAUCCCAGGCCACGACCUUUCCAUCAACCAACGGGACCAAGUUCACCAUCGAUGGCAAAACCGGAUACUUUGCUGGAUCCAACUCCUACUGGAUUGGAUUCUUAACCAACAACGCAGAUGUGGAUGGGGUGCUAGACCGCUUUGCGCAGUCCGGCCUCAAGAUUCUGCGAGUCUGGGGCUUCAACGACGUCACGCGCAGGCCAGGGGCCGGAACCGUCUACUACCAAUACCUUGCAUCUUCUGGGUCCCAGAUCAACACCGGAGCUGAUGGGCUGCAGAGGCUAGACUACGUUGUUUCGGCUUCAGAGAAGAGGGGCGUCAAGCUCAUAAUCAAUUUCGUCAAUAACUGGAGUGACUACGGUGGCAUGCCCGCGUAUGUCACAGCCUUUGGCGGGACCAAAGAAGGCUUCUACACCAACUCCAAAGCACAGGCUCAGUACCGCAGCUAUGUCAACGCUGUCGUCAGUCGGUACAAGAACUCGUCGGCCAUCUUCGCAUGGGAGCUCGCCAACGAGCCACGCUGCAAGGGGUGCAGCACUGACGUGAUUUAUAACUGGGCCACGGACAUCUCGAAAUACAUCAAAUCGCUUGAUCCUAAUCAUAUGGUCACUCUAGGCGACGAGGGUUUUGGGGUGCCUGGUGCGACGUCAUAUCCAUACGGGACUUCGGAAGGUGUCGAUUUCGUGAAGAACCUCAAUAUCUCAACCUUAGACUUUGGAACAUAUCACAUGUAUCCGGACAGCUGGGGCGUUCCCAACUCUUUCGGCCCAGGAUGGAUUAGAGAUCAUGCUGCUGUUUGCAAGGCGGCCAAUAAGCCAUGCAUGCUAGAAGAGUAUGGGACGGGCUCAAAUCACUGCAGUAUCGAGAAGCCGUGGCAGCAGGCCGCGAUAGCGACUGCAGCUGAUGGCACUUCGGCGGAUCUUUUCUGGCAAUGGGGAGACAAGCUCUCUAACGGACAGCAGACUGCUAACGAUGGCAACACGAUAUACUGGGGCUCGAACGAUGCCCAGUGUCUCGUUGUAGACCACAUGAAGGACGUGACUCCGUUGAGCAGCUGA